AUGCGCGAAUUUGUUAAUAUAACAGCUAUCAAAUUGGUGUACAUGACCCUGGUUAGAAGCAAGCUAGAAUCUGCAUCUCUGGUAUGGAGUCCGCAUGAGGUUACUUAUGCUCUGAUGCUUGAAAAGGUGCAAAAAGCGUUUUUGAGGUUUUUGUACAGAAAACGGUUUGGCUAUUACCCUUUUCUGUACCCCACUAAGUUUCUGUUAGGCAUGUUACGGUUUAACUCUCUUGAGGUAAGGCGUAAUUACUCCUUAAUGACUAUGAGUUGUAAGACGCUGCGAGGUGAAUCUGACUGUCCAGAGAUUGUAGGUCAGGUGGUGCGGUUAUCAGUACCGAGGCUGCUCACACACCAACUUCGACCUCGUCAACAUCCCUUAUUGGCUGUACCAGAAGCACGUACAGUGGCCCAUGCAAAUUCUCCGCUGGUCCGAGUACUCACCAUGCUCAAUUCUCUCCUGAUGUCAGCACCAGAGUGUGAUUUAUUUGCAAUGAGAUGGAUAGAUGUGUGUCGUGAAUGUUUAAGAUUUUGUGAGAGGAUGGAUGAUACGUAG